AUGGCCAUUGAGCAGGAGACGGCCGAGGGUGGCGACGUGGCCUCCUUGUUGACCUCCCAGGAUGAGAAGAAGGGCACAGCCCUACACGAGGCAUGCCGCAACGGUCACCUUGACGUGGUUCGACUGCUGUUGCUGCGUGGAGCCCCUGCUGAUGCUCGCGACGGCCAUGGUCAAUCACCCUUCCAGGUGGCGGCAGAGUGUCCGGAGAAGUUCGAGAAGCUUCGCGGUGCUUUUGAAGCUGAACUGUUCAAACGAUGCGCCACAGGGGACACCGCUGGGGCAGAAGCGCUGGCCAAGGGUGGCAUGGACCUCAAGUGUACCCAGGCUGGCUACAGCCCAUGGGCCUGGGCCAGACUAUUUGAUGCAACAGAUACGGCCGACCGGAUGGAGGCCAUUGCCAGUGGAGCGGUUGCAGCGGUGGACUUGGACGGUGAGGGGGAUGGCGAUGAUGGCGAUGUGUCCAGACCAGGUGAGGGACAAAGUCCCGAAAAUGAAGAGGGAGUCACCUCGAUCUGUGAUGAGCUUUGCGCACUCGAUCUGCUUCUAUGGCCACCAGUGAGUGCAUUUAGUUUUGAUGCAGAAGUGUUUCUGAGCCUAGGAGAGUCUUUGCAGGUUGAGGUUCACAUGCCGCCCUUAGAUGUUCCAUCUGCAUCUAUGCUGUUUGAGAAGCUGCAGUGCUGCCUACAAGCAGUGGCACCCGUGGGUGAGUUUCUACCAACAGCUCCUGCUUUGGUGCCGGUGCUGUCCUCUGAUUCCUCCGAAGCUGCUGCAUUGGCUGGCUCGACCACCGUGACGCUUUAUUUAGAUCAGUCCACGGACGGGUUCCAGGUGAAGCUGGCCGGUGAAGCUCCAGGGACCGUUCAAUUGGUGGGUGGAUCGAUUUGGGCCUUGUCGCAGGCCAUCGAGAAGCUACGGCAGCUGCUGUUGCUCCACCGCCGUCCCAGCUUGGAUUCCGCGCGGCUCCCAGCCCUCUGCCUCCACGGGAAGACCAACCCCACGCCGUCAGCAGAGUCUGCGGUGUUGAUGGACCUGUGGGAUUUGAGCUCAGAAGAGCAGUUGCAGGCGCUUCAACAGAUGGCUCGCUGGCAAAUCCGGCAAUUCUGGGUGCCUGUGCCGCACGCGAACUUCAGCUACCGCUGGUUGCAGGAUGUCUUCGAAGCACGGAGAAUUUGCAGCCACAUCGGAGCCGAGUUGGUGCCCGUCAUCGACGAGAAGUCAGACACAGUGGCACUCGCCCAGUUUCAAGGCGCGAACAAUGUAGGCUGGCGCCUUCAGCCCAAUUCCAGCGCUGAGUGCCAUGAGGUAUGGCCCACCUUAAGAAGUGCCGGUCACACCAAUGUGCGGCUCACGGUAAUGGUGGCCUUGGACAAGCGCAAGGCUUUGCAACAAGUGAAUCAGCUGUGCAAAGACCUCGCACGGCAGUCCUCCAGGAUCGGGCUCUUGUUGGAGUGCGAGUUGCAUGACCUGAAGCUUUUUCCAAUGGAUCAAGCUCUGAAGAUUGGCUUCGCUCAUGGAACCGCCCUCGGUGUCCUCUUCCGUGAACGACGAGGUGGUCAACUUGGUCGUCUUCCGCCUCACGUGUGGCACCCGCCAACCGCCACGGCGUCGCAGUGGGCAGCGACGUUGUGGGAGAAGACCCGCUCCAUCUCGGAGGUCUUCCCAAGCUUUUCCAAAUGCCUCGUCUUGGAAGUCCCUGUGUUCGGAGCUCCUUGGGCAGGUCGUGGCACUGCUUGGCGACCAUCCUGGUGCUUACUCAGCAGCUUUCUGGCAGCAGGCAUGCAUUGCAGUUCUGAGGUUGAAGCCACGAGGCUACCACAGCUACUCCAAGGGCAAUUCUUUGGAGAUUCUUCAGGCUCCCUGGCUUGGGAGCUUUGGAAUGCUUCUGCAUCCCUUGAUGAAGACUUCUUGACGAGUUUGUUCUCACUCCUCGCUGGCGAGAUGCCCCGCUUGGAUGACGAAGGCAUCAGCAGCGCCAAUGCAUGGUAUGCUCAUCUGACCGAGCGCCGUCUCCGGCUACGACGCUUCCGGUCGGAGGGAGAAGCUCCGCUUCCAGCUCGUGUGCCUGGUCGGGCGGAGUCGUUUGAGGGAAGUCGCACUCCGUGUUUAUCGGCUGGCAUGCUCGCUUCAUCGUUGGUCGGCAUCGAGUGGCUACGGUUUGCCUGUCGUGUUUAUCUUCUACUUGCAAAGCACUCACGGCGGUCAUCUCCAGACUUGCACAGUUCACUGCAAGCCUUGCCACCCGCCAAGCAGAGUGAUGUGCGCAAUGGUUUCUUGGCUUUGCUCCAUCGGACGAUCCAUGGAGUCGUAGAUCUACCAGAGAAUGGCUGGUGGGAGGAAAGUGAAGCUAUGGAGGCUGAGGCGUCCCAGGCAGAGGCACUCUGGGCUGGAGGAUUGCGCUUGGGUGCUGCUUUGGAUCUUCAUCCCUGGCAGGAAUUGGAAAAGAAACGGACCGGAAAGGCCCGUAUGGACCUUCACGCAGGUCUACGACUGAAGGAUGAUCAGGAGUUGUCUGCGUGUCUUUGGGUCCUCGAGGCCGCCUUAGGCGAAGAUGGACGAAACUGCCCAAGUUUCCAGGAGUUCCUCGCAAUGGCAGACAUCAGUGUGAGUGAUGUGACUCCACCAUCAUCGGCGCCCUCCUUUGGCUCGGCCUCCUCCUACGGCCGUUCCGCAGCCCCCGAAAUUCCGCAGCUGAGACUGCAACUGCAAGGACUGCUUUCGCCUGGCGCUCCUUCCCCGACUGCUAAGAGCUUCUUCUCCUCGGAAGAGGAGUCCGCAGCAGCUUCAGAGAAGUCCCCGGUAGUACAGAUGUCGCCGCUGGGUGGCUCGGAGCAAAGCCAACUCCGCGUUUCAAGGGGCUUUCUCGAUUCUGAGUCCGACGUGUCCCUUCUGAUGCUCAGCAUUGAGCAGAGCCUCCUGUCAGAGCCUCGGACGGUGAAGGAAAAGAAGGUGCAGAAGAAGCACUUCAAUGUGAAGCAGAUCCAGGCAGGAGGGCAGGGCGCUUUCACAUUGAGCACUUUUCAGAGGGUUGGUGCACUUUGGAGAAGCGCCUUCACGCGGGCUUUUGCACAGGUGGUAGAUCCCGAGCUCCGGAAGCGCUUCGACAAGGGGAAGACCUUGAAGGAAAACAUGGAGCAGACGAACCUCAAAGAGAUGUACAAGGAUGUUCUGCCGAAGAAGAUCCCGAAGAAAGGGGCCCAUCCGGUGAAAGUGAAUGAGGAAGAGGCACCAAUUUGCAAAGAGCUGCUGAAGAAGCAUGGGGAUGACUACGAGAAGAUGCACUGGGAUAUCAAGGUCAACGUCUUCCAGUGGACAGCACGUCAGUGCGAGAAGAAAGUCAAGGCCUUGAAAGCCGGGAAAGUCCGGUCGAUGAAGGCGGAGAUCUUGUCGGGCCAUGGCAUGGACUGGCGGCGACCGCUCUACGGCAAGCCCAAGGAUCGGAACGUCUUUGGCCACUGA